GGAACCUCCCUCCCCCGAAGCAUUACUCCACUUUGCAGAACACGAGUUGAUGAGAAAAAAAAUUCUUCUCGGCCGCGGCCAGCCAUGAGCUGUUUGGAUGUUAUGUACCAAGUUUACGGUCCUGGCCAGCCCUACUUCGCAGCAGCCUACAGCCCCUACCACCAGAAACUCGCCUUUUACUCCAAAAUGCAGGAAGCCCCGGAGAGCGGCAGCAGCGCCAGCGCCGGCAGCUCCUUCUCCAGCCACCCCGCGGCCAGCAUCAAGGAGGAGGACUGCAGCCCCGAGAAGGAGCGACCCCCCGAGGCCGAGUACAUCAGCUCCCGCUGUGUCCUCUUCACCUACUUCCAGGGGGACAUCAGUGCCGUGGUGGAUGAGCACUUCAGCCGUGCGCUCAGCCAGCCCAGCAGCUUCUCCCUCGGCAGCGCGAAGACGGCGAGGAACGCGGGCUCCUGGCGGGAUGGUUCCUUCCCAAUGAGCCAGCGCAUCUUCCCACCAUCCUUCUGGAACAGCACGUACCAGCCCUCCUCGGUCCCAGCCAGCCUGAGCAGCCCCCUUGCAGCUGCAGCCCACAGCGAGCUGCCCUUCGCCGCUGCCACCGACCCCUACGCGCCCACCUCUCUGCACGGCCACCUGCACCAGGGCAGCCCCGAGCCCUGGCACCACGCCCACCACCACCACCACCACCACCAUCACCACCCCUACAUUGGGACACAGAGCACUGCCUACCCCCGCCCCAGCGCCAUGCACGAGGUCUAUGGGCCCCACUUCGACCCCCGCUACGGCUCACUCCUGGUGCCCACCGCCUCCGUCCGCCCCCACCGCCUCACCCCCGCCUCCGUAUCCACACCAGUCAGCCCCCCCUGUGAACUGGGCAAGAGCGAAGCGGGUGCUGCUGCGGCCUGGACGACGCCGGGCCCCUUCCCCAAUGCAACAGGAGACAUGGCACAGAGCAUUGGCCUCAAUGUGGACACAGCUCGCCGUUACUCCUUCUGUGGUGGAUCCCUCCUGAGCUGAUGUGCUGACUCAAAGACUCUCAGAUCCCCCCUUGCCCUUUUCCAAGCCCACCAUGGCCCUGCUGCUCGGGGAAAGACAACGGGAUUUAAAAGGAGCUGGCAUUGCAAGGGUGACACUUUAGACCUUUUUCGGAAAGGAAAACUGCUCUGUUGCAAGAGGAGAGCCAAAGACAUUGAACUCCUGUUUAAGCAGAUCCCACACCCAGACCUGCAGCCAGACUACUCUGAAAGAGACAAACGACAUCAUGGAUGGUGAUGCAAAACCACCGGCCUUCAUAGAGGCAACAGAGGAAAUUGUGGGGGGAUUUUAGUGGUGUGAAUAUUUUUAUAUGGCAGUGAAAGUAAUUUCUUGAAUGCAACCAUGGGAAAGCUAAUCAGCAUUUUUGAACUGGAUUUUUAUUUUGCAUUAUAGAAAAGUAAAAGUAACUGGAACUCAUGAACAUUUUUGGACUAUCAAGAAACUGGUCAGUUUUUUUGACUUUGUGGUUGUGAGUGGCAAGUGUCUGAGUGGGGCCACCUGCCCCGGACUUACAGAUAUGCAGCUGUUCCCCUCACAACUGCUUAAAUCCCAGAAAGACAAAAACCAAGGUGGCACUUCUCAGAGUUUGGCACAUUUGCAUUGGCUGUGUAACAGUUGUUUGGUUGGGGGUGGAGUUGUUUGUUUGGUUUUGUUUGGUUUUUUUGGGUUUUUUUCCUUUUUUUCCUUUUUUUUUUCUUUUUAAUAAACAUUUUCUGGUGAACGUUAAACCCUCUUAAAGCAGGGGGAGAAAGGAAUCCGAUGAAGAACGGCUCACCUCCAACCCAACCGCCUUUAAAGGGAACACCAGAGCAAAAAGCAUAUGAUGGACAUUAGUUCUGAAUUGCCUCUAACACUUCCCUUUGUCUACUUGUUGCUGUCAUUUUGCCACUUUAGUAAUUGUUUUGUUUGGGGUAUUUUGAAAGAGGGAGCUAGAUAUUUAACAGUAGCCAAGCUGUAUUAAAAGUAUCUCCUUCUCUCACCCUGUGUACUUUAAUGAAGAAUUAAAGCUAAGUAAGAGAAAUGAAGCAAACUGGAAACUUCAGGAUGAAGCAGAAAACAUAUCUCUCACGUGGAUGAAGUGAGUUAUUUUAUUAUUUUGCAUGAAAGAUAUAUAGAAAUUCCUAACAGCUGAAAAUAUUUUCUUGGUGAGUAAAACACACAGAGAUAAAUAUAAAAGAUAGGAAAAUAUAAGACCAUUGCUGUGUUACAUUUUAGAAUAUGGUGUGUCUGUAAGAUUGGUUAAAGUAAGGGAGCUGCUCCAUAUUUCUUCUGCUAGAAGAGGGGACUGUAGCAUAUAGAAUUGCUAUUGCAGUGGUAAAUUGAAAUGUUGCUACCUGGUGAUGAAUAAUUAAUGAAACAAGGCAGAAAUGGCACUUACUUUUUUUAUAGACAAAACAUCUGAUGCAAAUACUGCAGUGUUUUGGUUUUUUCCUGUUUUGUUCUGUUUUGUUUCAUUCUUUUUCUUAAUGUAAUGUCUUUAAAGUUGACAAAUUUUAAAGCAUAUAGCAGGAAAUUCCUAACAUUAUCCCCUGACACUGGGAGAAGCAGUAGAAAAUGAAUUUUUGUGCUGUGAUGAGAGUUUUUACCUUUCAAACUCUUAUAUUGUUCAUUGUGUGUCAGAAGUGGAUUUAUGAAUAACCCAAACUUGCUUCUCCUAGGUUUGGUGAUAACUCAGUUUCUGGGAAAGAAUAGGAAUCCUAACAGAAAUAAUUUGACAAAGCAGUGCAAGUACAUACUGCGAGAAGCUGAUCAGGAGCACCCGUGGCCAGAGCUUAGCAAAUGGCAGGGGGAACUUGCCAUGAUUCCUUCAGCCAGACAAACCAAUGGGCAUUUUUCUCUCAGCCUCCAAAUAGCCAGAGCCCAGACAACUGCAAAGGGCAAGAGAAUGACCCCAGAAUUUACAUUAUUUGUUAAACCAAAAACAUUCCCAGGUGUUUAUUAAGGAAGAAGGCACCAGCCUUUUGCAGGGGAAAAGUAACUGAAAAUGGUAUUUAACUGCAGGAGCUUAAAGUUAGCAGGGUCCUUUAAUGAGCAUUUUCCUGAGGGCUUUUUCAGGCUGUUUAUAAGGUUUUGGUUUGUUGUUUUUUUUUUAAAAAAAAUAUAAAUCUGAGUCUAUGAUUGAUUGUGCUUCACCACAAUUAUUUCUUUUUUCUUCCUCUUUUCCUCCCCUCUUCUCUGCAAUUCUUAACGAGGAGGGCUGAGUGACGCAGCCCAAAUACAUUCAGAAAUAUUCAUGUAAACAUAAACGAGUCAUUUACUACA